AUGGCUUCCCCCCGCCCUCACAACUUCGGCGCUCAAGGCUAUCCUCUCUCCAACGGUUCAGCCCCGUCCGGUCCCGCGCCUGGAGCUGUGCCACUACUUCCCAACAACGGCCGACUAAUCCAGAAUGGACCAACUCGCAUCCUAUGCAUUGCUGAUGUCCGAGGUAAUCUGAAGUCCCUGAAUGAGCUUGCCAAGCAAGCUCGUGCAGACCACAUCAUCCACACUGGCGACUUUGGGUUUUACGAUGAUACUUCCUUGGAGCGAAUUGCAGACAAGACUCUUAAGCAUGUAGCGCAAUACUCUCCCCUUCUCCCCGAGAACGUGAAGCGAGCUAUCGCACAGGUCCCUCCCCAGCAAUCUAUUAAGCAGCGCUUCACACCCGAUCAACUACCACUUUCGGAGUUGCCCAUGCUCCUGGACAAGCGCAUCACACUUGACAUUCCUGUCUACACGGUCUGGGGCGCCUGUGAAGAUGUGCGUGUGCUGGAAAAGUUCCGCUCGGGAGAAUACAAGGUGAACAACCUCCACAUCAUUGACGAGGCGAACUCGCGACUGCUCGACAUUGGCGGUGUUAAGCUGCGUCUGCUUGGCUUGGGUGGUGCAGUAGUCAUGCACAAGCUGUUCGACAACGGCGAGGGCAAGACAACCAUUGCAGGCGGACAAGGUACCAUGUGGACUACUCUCUUGCAAAUGGGUGAGCUCAUCGACACCGCCCACCGUGUCUACGACCCCUCGGAGACCCGAGUCUUCGUGACGCACGCCUCGCCUGCCCGUGAAGGCAUGUUGAACCAGCUCUCUGUCACCCUCAAGGCUGACUUCUCCAUUUCGGCCGGUCUGCAUUUCCGCUACGGCUCAUCCUACAACGAAUUCUCCGUCAACCCUUCCCUUGACCACUACCGUGGCAAGCUGGCAGCCUCAAAGGCCUCAUUCACUGACGUAUGGGAGACCGUUCGGGGAGAGGUGGAGUCAGCUAUCUCCUCCAAUGAAGCCCAGAAGACUCUCUUGGACAAUGCCCUGGAUGUUGUGCAGAAGAUGCCUUCUAUUGCCAAUGGCGGUAACCCCUUCGGUGGUCCCGUUGCCGCUGGUAAUGCCGCCGGCCAAGUUGAUGAGAGCGCUUUCAAGAACAUGUGGAACUUCAAUCUUGCCGAUGCCGCAUUUGGUUACUUGGUUCUGGAAAUUGAAGCUGGACGCAUCGCCACAGAGAUGCGAGCUCAGGGCUUCAACUUUGCGCACCGCAGCGGCAAGCCUGCGCCUGGAGGUGCUCAGCCUGUUCCAGGAGGUCUGCCUGUGACGACCGCUUCUCCCGCUCCUACUGGGGCUGGUGGCCGUCCCCCUGCCUCUGCUCCCCAAUUCGGCCAGGCUCCCCCUGUAACGAGUGGCGCAGCCGCCGGCCAGCAGCAGCCUCCUGCAAAGGCCCAGCCAGCUCGCGGCUCGCCAGUCCCCGUCAUUCCUAAGGCUGCCACCCCACAGCCUCCAGCCAAUACCUCUGCUCAGCCCGUUGGUGAGGAGAAGGCUGCCGGUGUUGGCGCCAACGGACACAUCCAGCACGACAAGGCUGUUGAGUCCGCUGCUCCGCGGGGCGAGAAGACGCCCAGCAAUGGGCUAUUUGUCUCCAACGUCGACAGUGAGCAAAAGGUUCGCGAUCUCCUCCCCGAAGAGGACAGAGCGAAAGCGAUAAAGAUCGAAAAGUACGGCAAGUUCAACUACGUCGUGACUUUCCCAACCGUUGAAGAUGCUACUGCUGCUCUUGAGCGUCAGCCUAUCGAGCACAAGAAACCUACUGCUGGCUCUGGUCCUCGUAAGCCUAACUUCAAGUACUUCGAGGAACGUCCUCGUGUACAGGGCAAUGCUGGCACUUGGCAGAGCAGCACUCGAGGUGGCGCUAACUCCGGCCAGCGUGGCUAUCAAAGUGCUAGCGAUGGCGAGGGAGCUCGCCGUGGUGGAUUCGGUGGUCGCGGACGUGGUCGUGGUGACCGGGGCCGUGGCGGUCGAGGAGGUCGUGGCGGUAGCUUCAAGGCCGGCUCGACAGAUGCUUCAACGCCUUCUGGGGACAAACCUGCUCCGUCCGGUGGUGACGCUUGA